AUGACGUUCUCCACCCUCUUGUCCCCAAUGCAGAUCCGGAUUGCAGACCUCAUCGACGAUGAGCUGCCGAUGGAGGCCCAGGUCUAUGACCAAAGUUGCAUCAUGACCGCAGAGGGCGCCUUCGGUUCCAGUGAGGAGGAUGAGGAUCCACCCAUCCUCCAGCAGGUCCUACCCUCCAAAGGCUCGGUGCAGCAUGGGACGGGCCACUGCAAGCCGUGUGCUUGGUUCUGGAAGCUCCAAGGUUGUAAGAAUGGGGCUGACUGCCGGCAUUGCCACCUCUGUCCUGAAACAGAGGUCAAGGACCGCAAAAGGCGCAAGGCGCAUCCCAAGGCUAGCGGAGUCCUCCGGCCUCCUCCAGGGCUUGAGAGCCUCUCCUCUGGGCAGUCGCAGUCAACGAGCGACACCGAUUGCGAUGUGCAGAGACGCGUUGAGCCCUCGCUGGGCGCCCUCCUCCAUUCCAGUGGCCAGUGCAAGCCAUGCAUGUGGUUCUGGAAGAUCCAGGGCUGUGCCCGGGGACAGGCGUGCCUUCACUGCCACCUUUGCCCUCCUGGCGAGGUGCGCCGGAGGAGGAAGCUGCGCCGAGUGCCUACUCCAGGUGCUGCACUCGCGGCGGGUGUCUGA